AAGAGCUGGCCUGGAAAAUGUAAAAUACUCGCGUUUAAGCGAACCCGCACAACGCACCCUUAUUCAUCCUACCAUUUAAGCUAGCGUAUUGAAUAGAGAUAGCAGACACUGCUCUAACUAAUGUAUUCAUAUGGGUGGAAUGAAUAGAAGUGCUGAGAUGAAUUAGGGAGCUGUUACCCUGCCUCCAGAAUUUGUUUAUUCUGAGUUAUUCAUGUAAAUUAAAACAAAACAGUAUAUUUCACUUUUCUCCGUGUUGAGAAAAUAGUGAAUGACUAAAGAUAAAAUUAGAUUACCCAUAGGAAAAUGUUCCACUGCGGAUUAACUAGAAAUCAAUUACAUUUUUCUAGUUUCAUACGUUCCGUGCUGCGAAGACAACAAGCCUAAAGUGUUCCUAAAAAAUUAUCACGUGAGAACCGAAGAGAGGCUGCAUAUAAAAUUUAUUUAUUGUUAUCAUUAUUCAAUUAUGUGUACUAUUUAUAAGGCAUUCGUGAUCGAAUUGUCAAAUUCUACAAUUCAUCGUGACAAUCAAGAGCUAAAGAACCGGCAAUAUACAGGUCUAAUGAUCUUAUUUAGCACCACCUCGCUAUCAUAAUUUUCAACAUCUGUCUAAUAUAUCAGCGUACAAUGCUUGAGCCAAGUAUACCAGUACCAGUUGACUACUCGAUCAGUUCGCAUCCAUUUGCCAGGAUCUUAAAUCAUACUGCCAGUAUGGCUAACAUUCGCAAGAUCAUCUCCACUAAAAAAUGCCCCAAAGCUCUGGCUCCUUACAAUCAAGCCGUUGUUGCCGAACAUACGGUUUACUGUUCCGGAGUUCUCGGAUUGGAGUUGGAAUCCUUGCAACUGGUUGAAGGUGGGGCGGCAUCUCAAACUGCCAAAGCAUUGGAGCACUUGGCAACACUGCUGGAGGUGUCUGGUUCCAGUAUAGCUAAUGUCGUUAAAACAACCGUUCUGCUCGCCGAUAUGAACGACUAUGUCGCCGUCAAUGAUGAAUACAAAAAGGUGUUUUCCAGCAACUUCCCGGCACGAACUUGCUUCGCUGUGAACAAACUUCCCCUCGGAGCUGCCGUGGAAAUCGAAGCCAUCGCAAUGACCGGAGAUGUGAUACAUGUCUCAAUGUAAGACGUUUUGGUUUGAGUGCAGACGCUGAUUAUCACGUGCUAUAGAGAGCUACGUGGGUGCUAAGUGGAAUUGCUGAAAGUCGUCUGUGAUGUGAGUUCAAUAUUUGUUCUGCAAUUUACUUUUCGCUUUAAAGUGAAUAACGGUUGUGGUGUU